AUGAAAAUGAUAAUAUCAUUAUUGUUAAUUGGAAUGAUUUCCAUUAGCUCUGUUUUAGGUGGAUGUAAUCAAGACUAUGAAUGUGGUAAUCAACCAUUUUCAAUUUGUCGAAAUCGCUUUCACCUAUUCCCAGGUAUUGGUUUGACUUCGUCUGGUAGUAUACUGGUCAUGGGAAAAUACAAUAAUAGUGCCGGUCAACAAGUUGGAAAGACCUACAUUGCUUCUGUAGGUAGUGGCUCGGUGUCACCACAAUAUCCAAUUAACUCCGAUGUCCCUUCCUAUCCAGGCUACACACAAUCAUUUGAAUUGUAUGAUGUAGUUGGUUCUACUCCAUACAUUAAUGCUUAUCAAGUUGGUUUCCCAUCAGUCGGUCCAUAUAAUGAUCAAUCUGGUACUUUUACACCAAUUUGGACAGUAGCAAGAUAUAUUCUUGGAUUAUAUUUUGAUCAACCAACAUCAAAGACUUAUUAUUGUGAUGUAGGUGUUUAUCGUAUUGACAAGAUUGCCAGUACCAGAGCAGACAAGGAGACAGCCACCAAGUUGUAUGCCGACCAAAGAUGUAAUUAUCUAGCUACCGUAGGCUCUGAUCUCUACAUCUUGGUCAACGAAUACUCGUUGGUCACCAACCAUUCCAUCUACCGUGGCAGUGUAAACUGUCAAAACUGCCAACCCACCAACCUCAUCAAGCUUGCUUCGUUCCCAGGAGCAGCCAGUGGCUUCUUUAUUCGAAAUGGUAAUUUCUUUGUCUCGGCCACCAAUGAAUACACCAACGUACCAGGUAUCUUCCGUAUGCAAAUCUCCAACCCAACAUCUAGAACUGCCUUGACUUCUGAUUCAGUCGGUGAUGUAGUUGCAGACGGUAAUUUCGCAUACUACCAAACCUGGGCAGGAUAUCAAUUCAGACCAACCAUCAAGAAGGUCACUUUGUGGUCAACUACCGUAACAACACUCUAUGACGAGGAUACUGCUGGCACUGGAUCAUCUGGUACAUGUUCAUGUUUGGAUGGAUUCUCUGGAGCCAAUUGUCAAACGUGUAGUGGUGGUACCACCAGAUGGACCAAUAACGGAACACCAACAUGUGUCAAACUACUUGCCAGUGGUCAACCAGAGACAUGUAGCAAUGGAUGGGAAUGUCAAAACUAUCCAUACACCCAAUGUGUCAGUGGAGCUUGUAGAUGUAGUGAAGGUUUCACUGGAGACAGAUGUGAUAAGUGUUCAGGUGCCGUACAAUGGGACAACGGUUUUCCAACUUGCAAACUUUAA